GACAGAGACAGAGACACGCAGAGUCCACAAGGCAAGAUGAAGAAAGAUGACAAGGUGGAUAAAGCCAGCAGUGGGAAAAAGUCAGGAAUUAAGAAAGAGAAACUUCAGACUUGGAUCCCCAAACUCAUCAAGAAGAGAGUGUGCACCACAUUUGUUGAAGACUCUUUCAGUAAUGGAGUUCUCUGUCAGUGUGGUCAUGUGCGGAACGUGCAUAAUAUCUUGGACACGAUGGACUCCAGUGGAGGUGUGACUGUCACCCGUUGGGAUUAUCAGAAGAAUACCACUGAGUCUACCACCGAUGCCUUCGGAGAGCUUGAGUUUGCUGGCGCUGGUCGCAGACACAGUUAUUUUCUGCGGCUAUCAUGUGACACACAACCUCAGAUCAUCUACACCCUGAUGACAACAUAUUGGGGUUUGCCCUCACCCAAUUUGGUAGUGUCAGUGGUGGGGGGCGAAGGCUGUGAAACGAUCAAAACAUGGGUGAGAGACGUCCUCAGAAACGGCCUGGUCAGGGCUGCACAGAGCACAGGGGCCUGGAUCUUGACGGGAGGUCUCUGGGAAGGCGUGGCUCGCUGCGUGGGUGAGGCAGUGAGGGACCAUGACACAGCUGCUCCGGCUCCCUCCAAAAGGAAAGUCAUAGCUGUUGGACUUGCACCCUGGGGCAUCGUGCACAACAGACAACAGCUUGUAAAUGCACAGGGAAGCUUCCCUGCUUGCUACUAUGUCCAGAACACAUCACGUGACACCUGCUGCCUGGACAGCAACUGCCAGGCUUUCCUGCUGGUUGAUGAUGGGAGUACUGGAAGAAGAGGAGGAGAUACUGCAUUUCGUGCCAAUCUGGAGGACUAUAUUUCACACCAGCGCACUGGCAUUUGGGGUAGUGGCAGUAUUGAAAUUCCGGUGCUGUGUAUGCUCAUUUCAGGAGAUGUCCGCAUGCUAGAGAGAGUAGAUACAUCUCUGAAGAGAUCUACACCCUGGCUGGUUCUUGCUGGUACUGGUCCAGCAGCAGACUUUAUCAGUGAACUUCUUUUCAGUCUUGCCUCCAUUUCCAUCUGCCCGACGUCCCCAUCAGUAGAGGGCGAAGUUGUGGAGUAUCUAUCAGACAUUCGUGAUAUGGUCCGUGACAAGAUUAGAAGAUACUUUGAAGGGGAAGCUGACCUUGAAAAACUGGUGGACACUGCUCUGAGUAUUUACCACAACAGAGAACUCAUCACUGUUUUCCAUGGGGAGCAAGAAAGACUCUAUGAUUUUGAUACUAUAGUCCUCAAAGCCCUUGUUAGAGCUAGUAAACGUCUGUCUAGUGACGCAAGUGAGUACACUGAAGAAUUGAAACUAGCUGUUGCCUGGAACAGAGUGGACAUCGCGAAGGCAGAACUCUUCAGUGGAAACAUACAGUGGACGUAUGAGGAUCUGGAUGAUGCAAUGACAGAUGCUUUGAUCAAUGACAAGCCUCAGUUUGUGCGCCUCUUCUGUGAGAACGGUCUGAACAUCUUGGACUAUCUGACGUACCACCGCUUGGAGAGCUUGUAUCGCUCAAUUUCGGACAGCACGGUGGUGUACACUCGGCUCCAGGAUCAUCUGAGUGACCGUCUGCACCUGUCUGGAUUCCUACCAAAAAUGGGACCACUAACUAGGUCGCAGAGUGAAUUGGCUGGGUCUGCUUCAAUUCAAGAGCUCAGCUUGUUUGAGGUAUCUUGCGUGUUGUGGGAUCUGCUGGGAGAUGUUUGUCAGCCUUUCUACUACGGACCCCUGGGUCUAGACCCCAAAGCCAGCAACCGGAAGACGCUUAGACAAGUCAUCAAGUUGUUGCAGGGUAAAUGUGCCUACCGAGACCAACACUGCCAGUCUCCCUGGGUAGCACUCUUCAUCUGGGCUGUCCUACAGAACCGCAGUGAGAUGGCUGUUUACUUCUGGGAGAUGGCGGGGGAGUCAGUGCUGAGUGCACUGGGUGGCUGUAAACUGUUGAGAGAAAUUUCGAAGUUUGAAAGUGAAACUGAGGACAAGGUGGCCAUGAAAGAACUGGCACAGAAGUUUGAGGAUCUUGCACACAAUGUGUUUGGAGAGUGUUACCAGAAUAGUGAGAGUCGCUCCUUCAACCUCCUGAUCCGAGUGUCUCCAGUGUGGCUUGGAACUACAUGUCUGCAUAUGGCAACUGUGGCUGAUGCUCGCCAGUUCUUCAGCCACGAUGGAGUCCAGGCAUUGCUCUCCCAGAUCUGGUGGGGCAGCAUGGACAGAAGUACUGAAGUCUGGAAAUUGUUGAUGACCUUCUUUGUGCCACCCCUCAUUUACACAGACUUAAUCAGCUUCAGGAAGGAGGAAGAAGUAGGUAGUAUUCUAGAGGGCCAUGACAUAGAGACUGACAACAUGGAAGACAAUGAUGCUACAGUCUCUUUGGAAGAAAUUAUACAAAAUGAUGGCGAUGCUGAGGAGUUUAAGGCUCUCAAAGAAAAUCUGAAAGCCUCUUCACCAUCCAAAAUUUGGAGACCAUUCAUUGUGUCACGGUGGGGACAGUUUUGGUUUGCCCCUGUCACCUCCUUCCUGGGCAACGUGCUGAUGUACUUCCUGUUCCUCUGCUUGUUUGCUUACGUUCUGUUGGUGGAUUUCAAGCCCCCAUCUCCAGAAGGCCCGUCAAAACUGGAAUUUGUUCUCUACUUUUGGGUUUUUACCUUAGUAUGUGAAGAGAUUCGACAGGCCUUCUCCAUGGACAACAGCUUUGUGCUCCAGAGGAUGAAAAGUUAUAUCCAGGAUAAAUGGAAUAAGUGUGACGUCACAGCUAUAACACUCUUUAUUUGUGCUCUGUGUUGCAGAAUGUUUCCAUGGUCAUUUGAGUUUGGUCGAGCUCUUAUGGCCCUUGAUUAUAUGGUCUUUGCACUUCGUCUGAUCCAUAUUUUUGCUGUCCACAAACAGCUUGGGCCCAAGAUUAUCAUUGUUGGCAAAAUGAUGAAAGACAUUUUCUUCUUCCUUUUUUUCCUGGCUGUGUGGCUCAUGGCCUAUGGAGUAGCCAACCAGGCACUUCUCUACUUAUAUGAUCCCCGACCCGACUGGAUAUUCCGUCGUGUCUUGCACAAACCAUACAUGCACAUUUAUGGACUACUUCCUGUGGAAGAAGUGGAUGCGGAAUUAUUUCCAGACAUCAACUGUACUGAUAACAGGACACUAAUAGAAGCAGGAGCAGAGCCCUGCAUGAACACUUAUGCCAACUGGCUAGUUAUCCUCCUCCAGACUGUUUAUCUACUGGUGACCAACAUACUGCUCAUCAAUCUCCUUAUUGCCAUGUUCAGUUACACUUUCAACGAAGUUCAGGAGCGCAGUGAUAUCCACUGGAAGUUUCAGCGUUACAGCCUAAUCGUGGAAUACCACUCGAGGCCUUGUCUGGCACCACCAUUGAUCAUCAUUUCACAUCUUAAUGUCUUUAUCAAGAGAUGUAUAUGCCGCGUUCCCUCAGAAAAGAGAAAACACUUUGUUUUGGAGUUGCAGGGAAUUAAGGCCAGCCAACUUAACAUGUGGGAGGCAAUCCAGAAAGAGAACCUCCUCUCUGCACAGAAUAAGCGGCAAAGAGAGAGUGACACAGAGCGGCUUAAAACUACAUCUGUCAAGGUGGACAAUGUGCUGAAGCACAUGGCAGUGAACCAUGACCAUGACCGGCGUUUGCAGCUCCUUGAGACAGAGAUGGAGUUCUGCUGCAACGCCCUCUCCUGGAUGAUGGACGCUAUGUCUCAGAGUAAUCUGAUUACCAGCAACCGCCCCCCUCCAAUCCAAAGAGAUUUGCCACCAAGAUGAAGCUCCUGAAAAUGGUUCACAUGAGUGCAUGCACACACACACACACACACACACACACACACACACACACACACACACACACACACACACACACACACACACACACACACACACGCACGCACGCACGCACGCACGCACACACACACACAUUGACAGACAUACUGUGUAUUUUUUUUAUUUACUUUGAAUUUCCUUCAUUUCACUUUGUAAAACUUAUUGGGUUUAUUUUUUCCAUUAAAUACAUUACAUCAAAAGGGUUGUAAUAGUGCUGUAACAUAUCCCAGCUAACUUCGGGCGAACUUCCUUACAACCCAAACACCAAGUCCAAAACCUUGGUGUUCUGAUCGAUUCCGACCUGACUUUCAACAAUUAUAUCAAAUUACUAAAACUGCCUUCUACCAUCUGAAGAACAUAUCCAAAAUUAAUGUUUGGAUGUGCAAAGCACAUCAGGGGAUGUUCAUCCAUGCUUUUAUCCCAAGUAGACUUGACUAUUGUAAUGGUCUUCUGAAUGGGCUCCCCAAAAAGAGCAUUAAAUAGCUCCAGCUUGUUCAGAAUGCUCCAGCUUGGGUUGUGACCAGAACAAAGCAGUCAGAGCAUAUAACUCGAAUUCUAAAGUCUUUACACUGGUUUCCAGCCAGCUUUAAAAUAGAUUUUAAUGUUCUGUUAUUGGUCUAUAAUUCAGUAAAUGGUUUAGAUCCUGAGUACAUGAAAGAAAUUCUAAUGGGAUAUAAAACUAGUAGGGUUCUUAGAUCAGGUCAAAUUGUGGAGUGCAGAAUCCAAGGCAAACAUAGCGAAGCAGCAUUUAGCUAUUAUGCUACAAAAAUGGAAUAAAUUUCCAAUAAAAGUGACAUCAGCCCCAAGUGUGAAUGUUUUAAAAUUCAUACUAAAAACGUUAUUUUUCUUGUUUUUUUCUGAGCAUUUCCACUUUUAAAAAAUAUAUUUCUUGCCUGGUAUGCAGCUUUAAUUGUAUUUUAAUCAUAUUUUUUGUCUUUGUCGUAAAUCUAUAAUAACAGUUUUUUAAUUUUUUCAUUUUGUAAAGGACAUUGAGUUACCUUGUGUAUGAAAUGUGCUAUAUAAAUAAAUUUGCUUUGUUUCCUUGUCCUGUCCUCACUAACACUACUGUCCCAUACCACACUCAUCUCUGAUGUGUCAGGGAUCUAGGUCUACAAUGAUUUACUGGCCUCAUCUUGUUUAAAGAUAGUGGUUUUUUGUCUUUUGUUGCCUUUUUUCUCACUCCACUCUAGAAAUCUUAUUCUGUUCAACUGUUCGACUUAGAUUCUCA